UUGAAUUCCUGCUUGCACUGCACGCAUGUGGGCAGACACUGGCGCUUCUGGUAUGUUGAGGAUUCUAGCGAAUGUGUAGGAGCUCGCGUUUAGAAGUCUAGACCGCGAUUUAAACCGCCAGUUAAAAGAGCGUUCUUCUUUUCAGAUGCUGUCAUGGCGCUCCGUUUCCUCCCACGAUCGAUCGAAGGUUUUUAGGGUCUCUUGCCGGUCGACGCGUCGGUUCGGUGGCAUUGGGAGAGCGGUGGUGUUCGAGCUAGGCGCAAGGGACUGAAACCGAUUAGUAGACCCUAAGUUGUAAUCGACCACGAUCGAUGCGGGAGAGACGGGAGAGUUUUUUGAGUAAAUCUCGGCCGUCAGAUCGGACCUCCUAUUUUUCAGCGCGUUACAAUCAAGCGCUUUACUUUUCCGUUUCGGACGGACCAGGGAGGGUGUUUUUGAAUCAAUUGAAUUCCUGGACGCGUUAGCCGUGGUUUCUGCGCGCUGCUCCGCUAGGAACCGCGUUCCAACGGCAAUCCAGGAGCCGUCGGAUUGCGGACGAUACGGAGAGUGAAUCCGUUAGAUUAGGGUGCAUCGACUCCGGGCAACGAGACGGGCAGGAGAAAGAGAGAAUUGCGACGAGGAGGGCGCAAGGAUUCUGUGAAACAGUGUGCAGAGGGAAUUGCCGCGGGAAGCCAAGUGAAGCUUUUAAAAAAGUAUCCCUUCAAACUAGUGAAGGGGACCACCACCAGUGAUGCGGCCUGUGAACGGGCAGUCAGACGAGGCGGCAGCAGCAACGGCAGCCGCCGGGUGGGUUGAUCCAACGGUCGCGGGCGCGGAUGGCGCGGAUGGGAACCUGGAGCAGCGGUGGGGGUCGUCCAAGGGCCUGAUGCAGUCGCCCGGCCAGCGGCCCGCCGCUGAUCGCACGCAGCUGCGAAGGCGCACGCGCAACGUGCAGCAGCUGCUGGCUCUGCGCGAGUGCCGCCCCGUCGUGCGCCGCGCCCCAUGCAGCCCCUGGACCGACUCCCCGCGCACCCUGCCGCCUGCCCCCGCCGCUGGCGGAGGCGGAGGCGGAAGCGGUGGUGGCGGCGGCGGAAGUGGCAGCAUGGCUGGCGGCGACAGGGGGGGCGGAAGCCGUGGGAGGGAAGCGGGAGGCUUAGGACGGGGGACCGGGGUUGGGGCUGGGGCUGGGAGUGGGAAUGGUGGCAGCAGUCGGGUGAACGCUGCAGUGAUGCUGGCUCACUGGGUGGAGCGGGACUCGCUCAUCCGCUACUCGGCGCAGUACUGCUCCUUGCACCCUGCCCCGCGCUCCACCAUCGCCGCAGCUUUCAGCAGCGAUGGCGCGUCUCUGGCCUCCACGCAUGGCGACCACACAGUGAAGAUCAUCAGCUGCGCCACCAGCAAGUGCCUGCGCACACUCACAGGCCACCGCCGCACGCCCUGGGUGGUGCGGUACCACCCGCGCACGGCGCACGUGGUGGCGAGUGGCAGCCUGGACCACGAGGUGCGGCUGUGGGACACCGACACGGCGCACUGCAUCGCCUUCCACCCCUUCUAUCGCCCCAUUGCGUCUCUCGCGUUCCAUGCUUCGGGGGACCUGCUCGCAGUGGCGUCCGGUCAUAAGCUGUACAUAUGGCAGUACACGCGGUCAGGCGAUGCGGCGCAGCCGUGUGUGGUGCUGCGCACGCGGCGGUCGCUGCGCGCCGUGCACUUCCACCCGCACGGUGCGCCGCUGCUGCUCACUGCUGAGGUGAACGACUUGGACUCAGCGGACUGCACGCCUACAGAGGCGCUGUCGUCCGGCUACGUGCACUACCCCCCGCCGUCCUUCCACUUCAGCCCCUCCAUGCCGGACGCCACCCUCGCGGCCUCCGCCGCCACUGCAGGCGUCACCCUGCCCGCCACGCCCCCCUUCCCCCUCGCGCAGUGGCAGAGCUGGUUCUGGAUGGCGGGCGCAGGCGCGGGGGAAGGGGCGGGGGGAGGGGCAAGAGAAAGAAGAGGGGGCGAGGUAGGAGCGGAUGGUGCAGGUGUACACGCAGCUGGUACAAGAGGGGCUGCAGCAGGGGGAGCAGGGGUGGCAGGGGGAGCAGGGGGAGCAGGGGGAGCAGGGGGAGCAGGGGGGGCAGCAGGGAGGGCUGGAGGGACAGGGACCAGUCUAGGGCGAGGAGCAGGCCUGGAUGUGAGUUUGGGGCGGCAGAGUGGGGAUGCGGGUGUGGGGCAGGAAGCAGGGGUUGGGAGUGGCGCUGCAGGGGAAAGGGAGGACCUUGUUGGAACGCUGGCCGGAGGGAGGCAAGUGGGGGGUCGGAGGGGAGAGGGCGAAGGGAGGGGGAGGAGGGAGGAAAUAGUGGGGGAGGCGCGUGGGAGUGGAUGGCGUGGCAGCGUUGCUGAGGGGAGGAAUGAGGCUGAUGCGGCUGACGUGGCGGCUGACGUGGCUGCUGACGUGGCUGCCGAUGUGGCGGGGGAAGGUGGGACAAGGGAUAUGGCGUCUGUGAGCGGCGCAAGGGACGAAGCGCCAGGAGGGGAUGGUGCUGGUGAGGGCGCGCUGGGAGAGGAUGGGGUGAGGCAGAGUGACAGAGCACAGCUAGGGGGGGCGAUUGGGGAAGGAAGUGGGAGAGGAAGUGGAGAGGGGAGUGGGGGGGGAAGUAGGGAGGCCAGCGAGGGAGGGCUUGGGAGGGCGAGUGGAGAAGGGGACGGGGAAGCGUGCAAUGGGGCAGGGGGAGCAGGAGUUGCUCGGCCGGGGGCGGGGGCUGCUGAUCCCGCUGUGACUGCUAGUGGAGCAGCAGCAAGCGGCCAGCAGGGCGCAGAAGAAGCAGCAGGGGCAGGAGGGGCAGCAGCAGCAGCAGACAACACAGCAAAUGCUGCAACACUCGUAUCAUCAUCAUCAGCAGCAGCAGCAGAUUCAACGGCAGAUGCGGCAGCUUCACGCCUUGCAGCAGCCGCAGCGGUUGACGACACCGCAGCGGGAGCAGCAGCGGAUGCGGCAGCAGUGAGGGCCGUGGACGCAGCGUGCGAGGCAGUGACAGAGGGCAUGUGCGCCGUGUGUCUGCGUGGGUCACAUGGUGAAUCCGCUCAUGGCCCAGCUAGAGGGGAAGACACAGAUGUGCCUGAUGCACGCCCCAGGCCCAGUGCACAGCAAGCAGACGAGGGAGGUAGGGGAGGGGAAGAGGGGAGGGGGGAUGGGGAUGAGGCGAGGCGGGAUGACACCGGGGCUGGGAGUGGAAGCAGUGAGCUGCAGAGAGCGGGUGGUGGUGCUGGUGCUGGUGGAGGAGGGGGAGGAGGAGAGGGGGAAGAGAACGACACAGCAGGUGCGGGCUUGGGCACGAGGACUGGGGGCAACAGUGCCGGCGUUGCUCGAGAGCUGGAGCGAACUCAGGCAGAUGAUAGACAGGAGGUUCUAGCUGUGCAGCCGCCACCACAGCAGCUGCGGCAGCAGCAGCAGCAGCAGCAGCAGCAGCCGCAGGAGGAGGUGCAACAUCCGCUGCCGCUGCCGCCCCCCCAGCAGCAGCAGGCGCAGCCACAGCAGGUGCAGCGGUUCCCAUUUGCACAGCUGCAGCACCCGCUACUGCAGGCGAGCCAGCCCACGCCUGAGAUCCCGUGCACCGUGAAGCUCAAGGUGUGGCGCCACCACAUCAGCCGCCCCAGCAGCCCCCUCGACCCCGACAGCUGCCGCCUCACUGUGCCACAUGCUGUGCUCUGCAGUGAGAUGGGUGCUCACUUCUCUCCCUGCGGCCGCUACCUCGCUGCCUGUGUGGCCUGCGUGCCUCCUGCUGCUGCCGCUGCAGCUGCGGCCGCCACUGCUGCUCGCUCCUCCACCAACCAGCACUCCACUCACGGGAGACCCACCAACCCCCCUGCCCCUGCCACAACCACAGCCACAGCCGCCACUAGUGCUGCUGUCGCUGCUUCUGCCGCUGCUGCCACCGCUGCUGCUGCCCGCGGCUCAGCUGUGCAUGGUCGUGUGUCUGGGAUGCAGGGUCGGGGGUCUGGAGCAGCAGCGUCAGAGCCAACAGGUGCAGCAGCAGGAGGGGCAGGAGUGGCAGGGGGAGCAGGGGUGGGAGGUGAUGGUGGGGCGGCUGUAGCAGGGGGGGGAGCAGCUGCAGCAGCAGCGGCGGCAGGUGGUGAUGGUAAUGGUGGCCUGCACAGCAACAGCUCUGUGGCUGCUCGACUGUCCACAGGGGAGCGACGGCGCAGCCCUUCGCCCCUGGAGGUGAACUCAGGCCAGCAGCAGGGGCUGGGGCAGGGGCAGGGGCAUGUGGAUGGGCGUGCUGAAGGCACGGAUGCAGCUGAUGCUGCUGCUGCUGCUGCUGCUGUGGGUGGUGGAGGUGGUGGUGCGCAAGCUGAAGUGACAUCAGGUCCGAGUGGGGUAGUGGCAGCAGAUGAGGCAGGGACUCGGGAGGCUGGAACCGCUGCUGCCACUGCUGCUGCUGUUGAUGCACCUGCUGCCAACGCGGAUGAUAGUGCUGCUGCUGGUGCUGCUGGUGCUGCUGCUGCUGCUGCUGGUGCCAGAAGCCGGGACAUGGGCAGGGUGAGUGGGGCGGUGGGUCUGGCCGUGGGAGGGGGGAUGGGCGCUGUCACCACAGCCACAUCCCGACUGGCAGCUUGGGUCACGGGAAGAGGCGCCGCUGCUGCUGCUGCUGCUGCUAGUGCUGCUGCUGGCGCCAGCUCUUCUGGAAACACAGCAGCAGGAGCAGCGGAGGCUUCAGGGUCAGCAGGAGGGGGAGCAGCAACGAGAGCAGUGGGCGGGAGAGCAGAGGGAACGACUGGGAGUGCAGCAGCAGGGGGUAACGAGCCAGGGGGGCGAGGUGCAGGUGGGGGGAGUGCAGCUGUGGAGGGGGGUAGAGGAGGCGCAGCAAGUGCAGGGGCAGCAGCAGCAGGAGUGGGUGGCAAUGCGAUACGGCGGACAAGAGGAGGAACAGACGCGGGGGCGAGUGGUGGCGGGAACUUUGAGCAAGGAGGAGGGGGGGGAGGGACGGGAGGAGGGGGUGGUCGGGGUGGUGGCAGUGGUGGGGGUGCGGGUGCUGGCAGCAGCAGCAGCAAUGCAGCAGUGGCGCAUCAGGUCAUCUAUGAGCUCAGGGUGUACUCGCUUGAAGAUGCCACCUUCGGUCAAGUCCUUGCAUGUCGAGCCAUACGAGCAGCACAUUGCCUCACUUCCAUCCAGUUUUCCCCCACGUCCUGCCAUCUUCUGCUGGCGUACGGUCGCCGCCACGGUUCUCUGCUGCGCAGCCUCGUGGCAGAUGGCGCCUCCAUCGUGCCCGUCUACACCAUCCUCGAGGUGUAUCGAGUGUCUGACAUGUCGCUGGUGCAAAUCCUUGCCAGCGCGGAAGAUGAGGUCAAUGUGGCGUGCUUCCAUCCCAAAGUUGGUGGGGGGCUCGUCUACGGCACCAAGGAGGGCAAGCUGCGAGUGUUGCAGCACAACCGUGCCGUGCCUCCCCACCUGCCGCUGGGCAUCGUGGAAGAUGCAUCCUUCGACGAGGAGCAGGAGAACCCACAGCAGCCCCUGCAACCACCCUCACGAAGAUUCCCCAUCUUCUGACCGGGACCAACCACACACAGUCCCCAGUUCCCCCCCCUGCCCCUCUGCCUCCACCUAGUAUUCAGCAUCCCUCUCACCUCCCGCACCCUGCCGUCACCACAGCUCAAGCAUGCUGGUGCAUUGCGGCUAGUGGGCACACACCUCUGGCCAGGUCGGCCUCAGGAGCGCCUCUCACUGCUCCUGGAACAUGCUUUGGGUUUCUCUCUCUCUCUGCCUGCUGUGGUGCUUCAUUGCCUCUGGCCUAUGGGCCUGGGCUGUCUGCCUGGGUCUCUCUCUGCCUGGGCCUCUGCCUGGGCUCUCUGCCUGUGCCACGUGGUGUGGUGGUAUUGUACCGGUAUGCUACAGAGCUGCUCAUGACGUGACACAGGACACCCUAACGGUCUCUCUCUGUGUCAUGUCACACAUCUAGAAGUGCAGGGCAUCUGGGUGGGGCGUGAGUGAGGAUGGAAAUUACAGUAGCUGCUGUGUGCUUCUUGCUGUUGAUUCCUCUGCAGCUGGUUGGUUGAGCGAUUUACUUCAGACCCUUGGCUGUGCACGUGUGGGGUACACGGCUGUGGAAGCAACUCCAAGUUCAAUUCAACACAUAUGGGCUUGUUGUCGUGCAUUGUU